AGAGCCUCAAUGGAUGGACAAAUAACUCAUUACACAAAUGAGACAAAACAGCAGUCAAUAAAAACCUGUUUAAGUUGAUUAAAAAUCAUUUUUUAACCUUUUUAUUUUUCUACUACUUCCUGUGUCAUCUUGCAUGCUCCUAAUAUUACAUUAUGCGAUGUUUACUUUGAUCGAUCCGAAAAGACUAUUGGAGCAUGAAAAAGUGGUGAAACACUGCCCCUAGUGGUGGUUUGUGGGGAUCACCGCUCUGUCCGUCUGCCUCUUCUUGACGCUCAGCCAGAGGGAGAGAGGGGGGCAGGAGCGAGAAUGGCGGCCGUGCAGUGCUCCAAAUGCACGGCAGAAAGGAAAGGGUUUCGGCGGGAACUGGAUUCUUGGCGACACAGACUGAUACACUGCGUCGGCUUUGAAACAAUCCUGGAGGGAAUUUAUGGGCCGAUGCUCCUGAAGGAUCUCAGUUUAUUUGUUGAUUGUGAGCCUGAAGAAGUGGAUGAUUGGUCCCCAGAAACAACCCGCAGUCAAUGCUCAUUCUGCCAACUUUUGCUGGAAAAACUCAGUGAUCAAGAAGCUGUCCCCUUGUCACCCCUCUCUCCCCCCUCUGAUUACUCCUCUUGUCAGGGUCCAACUAUAUCUGACAGCAGCCAUGCAGCUCAAAGAUUCCUCCACGCUGUGUUUCACAAAAAAGAUGUGACCCAGGAUUGUGACUCAAACAUACCUCUGGUAGCCCAGGAGCUGAUGAAGAAGAUGAUCCAUCAGUUUGCUGUGGAGUAUGCAUCAAAGUGCACAAAUGUAAAUUAUAUUUCAAGGACAUCCUCUCCUUCAUCGGAAGCAUCCGAUGCCCCUCUAGACCUCACAGUGAGCAGAACACAGGAGGAGAAAGAAGAUCAACCUGAAAUUGAUGGCGCCCUGGACCUCUCCAAACGGAAUUGUGCCACAGUUUCAUCAUCUUCUAAUCAUAAAACUUCAGGUUCUCGGCGGCCAUCAGUUACAGAAGAAGUGAGAGAUGUUUGUCUUCGAGGGACUAAAGUGUGUCAGAGGACUGCCCUGGAAGCUGUUCUACGCUCUCUCUGCCCCACGCACCAAUCUCUACUCCAUCAGAUGCUGAAGGCUGCACACCAGGCACAGUUACUGUCCUCCAUGUGUCGCAGUCAUGCUGAGAACCACUCUUGUCUCUGUGGUGCAAGCCCACUGGACAAAGUGUCAUCUCGUUCAGUCCCUCUGAGUGGAUGUAAAUCCCCCAACUGCAGGCCGCACUGCCCCUCAAGCGAAUGUGAUCAUCAAAGUCAUUGCAGAGCUGUUUGCGGCCCAGAAGAGUCUAAGUCUUGCUGUAACGUCCAUCAUCCCCCUGUCAGAGACUGUAGCUGUGAAGGUCAUUGGGGCUCAAGCUGCAUUUGUGUCUGGAGGUGCAGAACAGACAGCUGUGAAAGCCUCUCCUCCAAAAGGUCACACUGCAUUUCCUGCCAAAGCCUGUCAGUCAGACCCAUAAACAAUGUAGUGAGUUCACCGGUAUCCCCUCCUUUGUUACCUCAAUCCACACGGAGCACUCCCCUCCCUAGAUUCUGCUCAUCGUGUUGUAAACACUGCAGCUUCCUCUCUUGCUCCUGUCAUUGGAGCAACUUCUGUCAAACUCAAGCCAAGUAUGCAGUAGACGGAGUGGUUGGAGAUUUGGAUCAUCAUAGUCCUGUCCUGAACAGGGAGCACAGCCCAUCUCCUCCCCCUCCACCCCUCUCCCCAAUCCCCUCAGAUAUCAAUAAGAAAAACAACGAAAAGCCGCCUUCCCUCCUUCACCACAGACAGGUGGGGAAAGAUGGUGCUAUGAUUAAAAACAGUCUUGUUAGUGCCUGCCUGAAGGCAACAGAUUCAGGUAAAGAAUAUGAGCCUCAGCCUAAGACCUCAACAAGUCAUCAGGCAGAAUACAACACAAGUGGAAUUUUGCUGCAAGAUGUUGUGAGUCGCUUCAGCGAAAAGCUAGAAACCAUCACACCUGUGGAGAAAGACCCUGAAAAGGAGCAACAACAGUUUCCCUCAACCAGCCAGAGCCUGCCUUUUCAAGGGGACUCCCACCUUAACGAAAUCAUCACCCGAGUCCUACACUCCGGCUGCGCCAGCGACUACAGCCUCAGUGAGCUGUUCAACCGCCACGACAGCGGGGAGCCCAAGUCCCCUAAUACCCGCCUCCGACAUCGGCAGGAAGUUCGGGCUGCUUUAUCCAAACCUGCUGAUGAUGCAUCCACCAGAAGGCAGACGCUAAAAAUUAAAAGGUACUUUGCCAUGUUUGACGAGUCUUACAACAGGAAAAAGGAGUCACCAACAAAGAGGAGGCUACAAAAGCCAAAUACAUGUGCAGUGACAUCAGACACUUUGUCAAACUCAGACUUAGUCAAAGAAAUUUCCAAAACAAAAACUAUGGCUGGUUUGGAGUCUGUGGAGAACCAUAGUGAAAUCUGUGUCUCUGCAAAAACGGAUGAGAACGUGAAAAAAGACCUACAGGCAGUGAUUGUAACAGAGAAACUCCAUAUUGUCAAAGAUGAGAAAAAAGAUUUGGAAAUAUGUAGUGAGAAAAAAGAUCUUGGUCUCAUACAUGCACACAUUCCUGAGCUGCAGAAGGCAGCUGAAGAACAUUCAGCAACUUCUACCUCAGCAAAACUACACAGUGAAGAUUCCAAGGCUCCCAGUGACGCAUGGAAGAGGGACAGGGAAGAACCAGCCAAAGAGGAGCAUGGUUCUACAAACCACUUGAAGGGGAUGAGAAGAUCCACCAGAAACAUAGUGCCUCCACAGCGGUUCUCCUCUUAUGUUACAGAGCCCAGAAAAAUGCUCUUUGUUGCAUGUUUCUCUGAUGGCAUCUUUAAUCAUCAAAACAAGGCUCUGACACCUGACGCAUCACAAACCUGUUCCAAAAAUGAGAACAUCAACACCACCCAGGAUAACUCAGAAAAAGAAGCCAGCCAGUGCCCACUGGAAGAGACAGAAGUAUCUAAGUCAACACAAAAAGAAAAACUUGAGUUGUCUUGCAUGGAGUCAAAAGGUCAAAUGUUACCCCAGACUGUUCUAAUCAAGGAGACGAACGAUAAAAAGCAGUCUAAAAGAAGCCCAGGAAAGGUAACCAUCAGCAUUGACUCUAACAUAUGUGGCAGGCUAAGAACAUCUCCAAGAAGAUUAGUUUCAAUGAUGUCCAAAAAGCUGGUAGAUGUGGAUGAUCCAAUCAAACCUGGUUCUAACAACCCCUCCACCUUGAAACAGCAGUAUAGCAGUCCUAUUAAGCUCAUGUUUGUAUCACCAGUAAUAGACGAGGAAGGAGUUAAGUACAGUCUCAAGUCAACAGGCAGUGGUUCCAGUGCUCAAACUGAUAAUUUUGACCCCUGUGAAGAGUCUUCAUGGUCAGGGACUCCCCAAAAGCAUAACAGCCAGAUGGAUAAGAGUUCACCAUCACCUCUUAGAUCACGUUCGUCACCAGCCAAACCUGUGUCCUCGCCUCCAAAGUCUGCAUCUUCUCCUAGGUCGGCAUCUUCAUCUCCUAAAAGUGGUCUCCGUAGAUCUGGCCAAAGUACCCCAACCAAGUGUUUAUCUGGAGCUGAGAGUGAUCAGAUACAGAGCGAUUUGGUGUCUGUCCAUGAAACCACUCCUCCAAAAAGACGUCCGGGAAGGCCCAAGAAGCUGGGGCCCCAGCUGGAGCAGAGAGUUAAGCGGCCCAUUGGGCGACCACGCAAGCAGAAGGAUUUGGACGCUGCUGUGGAGGCAAAAUCGUCCAAUCAAAAAGCAUCUGAAGCCUCCGACAAUAUGGACAACGUAACCAAGAACCUUAAAGUAACAGUGGUCUAUGGUCGCUCAAGAAGGAACAAACGGACGGUGUCUGAAGGCCUCGACCAACUGCAAACAGACUUCAGUGAUUUAUUGCAUGCAGAGAAUCUCAAAAGUGACUUUUUAAGUCAACAUUCCAAGAAUAGCUCAGUUAGCCACAACAAAAAUGCUGAGAAAUUAAACUUUGCCAGCCCUGAAAAACAGUCGGCCCCCUUGAGGAAACCCGGCAGACCAGCAAAAGUAAAAAUCACUGGAAUUUCAGUCACAGUUACCACUGUAUCCCCUCGACAACGUCAAAUUCAGCUGAAUAAAGAUGUUCGGCCGCCAGCUGAAACACAGCAAUGUAAAAAAGUGCUCCUACCAGAAUUCAAAUUCGCCAAAGAGCCCAGAGAAACUAGCCGCAAGUCACCAAGCGAAACAAGUCAAAAAGAGGAGGGUCUACAAACACUUGAUUCAUGUAAACCAGAGGUGUCUGAGUCUGUGGCUUUGAGACACUCAAAUAGGGUAAGAAAACCAUCAAUCCACUUUUUGCAUGCUGUUGCCACCUCCCCCUUUAGAUCAUACAGUCGAAGCAAUGCUCUGCUGCGGCGCUCCAAGCAACUCCUGCUAACCAAGGCAAGCAAUGAAAGGAGGCAGGAGGAAAGCAAUGAAAGGAGGCAGAAGAAGAAGCAGAGCAACAUGGAAAUGUUUGGAAAGAAACCACCGCUCCCUAAACAGAAAAAAAGAGUGUCUCAGGAUUUGAGCAGAGUGGCAGGAGUGUCUGUAGAUUCCAUCUUUAACCCUAAAAAGCCGCUAAAGUGGUGGGCAGCUUCGGCUGAGGAGAAAGCUGUAAACCAGGAGCUUGCUCGGCGGAUACAAGUCAUUACUGACACUUGGGUGUCAGAUGGCGCAGAAAAAAAGCAGAGAGUAAGCGUUAGAGAGGCUAAAGAAGAUACUAAAGGUAAUAGUUCAUCCCCUAAGAAGUCGAAAGAGUUUUCUGUUGUCCGAUCACUGUUUGACUGCCCACUUAACAAACCAAGAUCCUGUAGCAUGCAACAGAUCCACUCCUGGUUUAUGCAGACCACAGAGACACAGUCUCUAGCUAUCGUCAAGAAGGCCAGCUCCCGUAAUCCUUUUGAACUCAUGCACUUCCCUCGUUCUGCCAACAAAAACAGCAUCUGCCCUAGUCCUCAGGCAGAGCGCCUCCGCAGGCACACCAAGAAGUUUGCAACAACUGUGCCACAAAGUCCUCUGCAGCACCAUCAGGCUCAGCAGAGACUGAGGAAGAUGAGAGCGCGCAGGGUCAUGCGACAACUGUUUGCAAACAGGACCGAAGAGGUCAAAGGCAAUCUCAGAGUUCGGUGGUCAAGGUCCAGCUCUGGAAAGUUCCAGGCCAAUCUUUUCAGAGCAAAGAUGAGAUUUCUAUCCAAAAAAGAAAAGGAGCACUGGGUCAAGAGUAGGAACAAAACGGUAUCAAGACGUUGUCCGAGAAGGGCCGUGGUGGCUGGAUUACAACGAGAUUACAAAAGAUUACAUAGAUCAGUAAACGAUGAGGCUUCUGGUUGUUUUAGGAUUGGUGCUGCCACCUGUUGCGUUGAGCAAACUCUUGAGCCUAUGGACGAAUGCAAAGAGCAGAAGCUCUGUUCCAAAGCUUGGAGUCCCGAGACCCUGAAGGAAUGCCGGGUGUUUUUGAGGAAGAUCAACUCUCCGAACAACGAAUCCGCCGAGGAGGGCUGGAACUCCUGCACUGUGACACUGGAUGAUGGGUCACCCUCUGCAUACCUCUUUGCUGGAAAAGAGAGGGAACUGCGGGGAGUUGUUAAAGCUGUGAAAAGAAAAAGGAAUGCGAUGAAGAGGACUGCCUCCAGAGAGCCAUCAAUCCCUUUGCCCACAUCGGUCCAAAUGAAGGACUCGGCACCAGUGGGGCGGCAAAAGAGAAAACCCAAAAGUCCCGAUGUGUCUACUGAUUUAGCACAGCCACCACCAGCGAAAAUGUUACGACAAUCGCGAAUGAGGGGCCUGACCGGACUGAAAUGGCGCGACUUUGUGUUUGGAAACUAAAUGAAGCACGAGGCCUCCGGUUUCUGAGACUAAUUAACGUGGUGCCUUUGGACAUUGAGCUGACCACACGGACUGGCCGACCCUCGACGGUUCAGUCUCACACUCAGCAGUUAUGUAGCAGUCUAACUUAAAAGCUUAAUGUUGCACUACUUUUAUCCAUGGAAGUGUUUGUAUUUUGUCGUUUAUUUUUUUCUUUUUGGUAAUACCCACCUGUGUCUUUCUGAAUGAUAACAACUUGUUCCAUCAAAGAAAAUUUAAAAACUACUUUUUUUAAAAGUGAUUGUGAGGAAAGACAAACCGUGACUGCAUUAAGCCCCCCCCCCACGACUUUUGUUUUUAUUUAAAGUACAGAAUUUUACUCCUUUUAAGUCAGCCCUGCUUUAAACUAUACAUUUUUUUUCAUAUUUAUAUAACUUUUACUUUAGCACUCUUUGAAUUUACACAUUUUAAGUCAUUGUUUAAAAAAAAUAAAUAAAUAACAGACUUUAAAUUUACUCUUUUUUUCCCCCAAUUUGAGCCCUUUAAUGUCACCAACAAGAGAGCCGGAUACUUUUCAUGAAGGACUUGUUGAGGCUCCGGUUGUUUAACUGUGAAGUUAAAUACAGUGACCAACCAUAACUCCAUACUAAAAACCAAAUAAUAUAUGUUUUUAAUUUAAGAUGUUAUAUAAAAACUAAUGUGUUCCCUGUGUAUUUUUAGGCCUCAUUAGCCAACAAAAUGCUAGACAUCUGUGUUUAAUAACGAAGUGGCUUUCUGCAGUUUUAGAAAAGUAGGUGCUGUUGUGUUUGUCAGGUCACUUAUCUGUAUUUCCUGUUCACCCAGAGCAUUUACUAUAUGUUGCAGACAGAUGUACCUCUUGCACUAUACCAUUUGAGAUUAUAAAUCCCACUACGCAGCCCCCCCCCCCUAUGUUUUGCACAUCCCGUGCCCCACUACCGACUCCCUACUGUAAAACAAAUGUCUUUGGUGCAAUAGAAAGGCAGAUGAUCAGAUUGAUCAUUUUGCAGAAAUGAUUUUAUUGCUGACAGACAAAUGGAUGUACACAAGAACCAAUGGGAUGUUACCAUACUUUUUUUUUUCCUCAAUGAAGUCAUUCUAGGUUAAAAAAAUAACUGUUUUAAAAGGUGGUUUUCUCACCUGCUUUUUUCCUUAAAUAAAUUAAAAAUUAUAAUUUUUAUUAAAGCAUUAUUCUCAUGUUAGCAUUAUUAAAAUUCUGUGUGCAGGUAGGAGUUCUGAUGCUGUUUUUUUAAUCCUGCACUGGAGCUUCAUUAGGCCCACUGCUGUUGCUUUUCAGUUGUGUCGUAGAUGAGGCCAGAUAUUUAACUAAUUCAACGCUAAUCUUGGAUCUAUGUUACUUUUUGCCCAUUCAAGGACCGAUAGAUCCAAAAUGUCUGGCUUGUGGGUCAAAACGACCCCAUAGUGAGUGUUGUGCCUGAAUGUCCCUGUCUGUCUGUGCAUCAACUAUGGUUGCCAUGUCAUCAUGAAAGAGGUUGAAUAUUUGACCUUUGUUGGAAGAACCUGGUGCUAAACAUCUGUUGUAAUAUUCUCUUUGAUCAUUUUUAUACUGCCCUUUCCAGAUGCAGCAAAGAGCUCUGUGACUUGAUCAAUAAAGUCUUUUUUAAAGUAA